GUCUCCCGCGUUGACCAACCUUGAAUGUGAGAUCGUCUAGGGUUAUGUUCAGUUAUCCGUCACUUGUUUACCAUAAAAGACGUGUCCACAAAUACUUAAUAUUGCACUUCUGACAAAAUGUUUUCAAUAGAUGCCCCCGUUGAAAUACAAAAUUCCGAAUAUUGCAACUAUCGGUCGCCGCUAAGCACAAGAUAUGCCUCCAAAGAAAUGCAAUACAAUUUCAGUGAUCAGAAGAAGUUUUCUACAUGGCGCAAGCUUUGGAUUUACUUGGCAAAAGCAGAAAAGGAACUAGGCCUCGACAUCACUGACGAGCAGAUCGAAGAACUAGAAGGUGCUAUUCAUGACAUAGAUUUCAAGUCAGCAGCUGAGCAUGAGAGGAAAGUGCGUCAUGACGUCAUGGCCCAUGUCCACACGUUGGCAGAGAGAUGCCCUAAAAGCCUCCCUAUCAUCCACCUUGGAGCCACCUCCUGCUACGUUGGCGAUAACACCGACCUGAUCGUUAUCAAGCAUGGAUUAGAACUGCUUCUGCCAAGGCUUGCUGCUGUUAUUAGCAGAUUGGCCAGAUUUGCUGAUGAGUACAAAUCGCAGCCUAUCCUCGGUUUUACUCAUCUACAACCAGCGCAAUUGACUACUGUGGGCAAGAGAGCCUCUCUAUGGCUUAGCGACUUGUUGAUGGACGAGCGCGCGCUCUCUCGUGCAAAAGACGACCUUCGCUUCCGCGGAGUUAAAGGUACAACUGGCACGCAGGCAUCAUUCCUUCAACUCUUUAAGGGGGACGGUGAAAAAGUACGAGUUUUAGACAAGCGCGUUGCUGAAUUAGCUGGUUUUGACAAGAGAUACAUAGUGACUGGUCAAACGUAUUCUAGGAAAGUUGACUUGGAAGUGAUUGCUGCUCUAUCAGGGCUAGGAGCUACGGUACACAAAAUGUGUUCAGAUAUCCGUAUUUUGGCGUCUCGCAAGGAAAUCGAGGAACCGUUUGAAGCAUCCCAAAUUGGAUCCAGCGCUAUGCCGUACAAACGGAAUCCUAUGAGAUCUGAACGCUGCUGUGCUUUAGCGCGUCAUUUGAUUACGCUUCAUGCUAACGCAGCUAACACUCAUGCGGUGCAAUGGUUGGAACGCACUCUGGAUGAUUCUGCUAACCGUCGCCUCACACUCGCCGAAGCAUUCUUAACUGCUGAUGCUACCCUACUUACUCUUCUCAACGUAUGCCAAGGGUUGGUCGUGUACCCGAAGGUUAUCGCGCGUCACAUCGCCCAAGAGCUGCCAUUCAUGGCCACUGAGAACAUCAUCAUGGCGAUGGUGCAGGCUGGUGGUGAUCGUCAAGUGUGCCAUGAGAAAAUCAGGGUUUUGUCUCAUGAAGCUGGAGCCCAGGUAAAGCAGCACGGUAAAGAUAAUGAUUUGAUUGACCGUGUUAAGAAAGACAGUUAUUUCGCACCCAUUAUUUCCCAAUUGGAUGCCAUUUUGGACGCGUCUACAUUCAUAGGCCGAGCUCCUGAGCAAGUGACGGAAUUUAUCGAAGAGGAAGUUGAGCCUGUGGUAUACAAGUACAAAGACGCUUUAGCUGAAGUUGAAAAACCAGUUGCUUUGAAUAUUUAAAAAUAUUUAAUCAUUUCGUUGACAUUGUUUUAAGCUUAUGACAUGUAUUAUUUUAAUUCAAUAUGAUUGCUUCGAAAAUGAAAUAACAAUUAAUUCAAUAAAUUGAUAUAUUUA